CUCACUGGCGCUCAUCAUGAACACUCUACGAGCUCUUCUCAGCCUCCUGGGCCUCGUCGCCUUUGCUUCUGGCGCCCGCAUCUAUGGCAAGUGCGACUUCGAAGCCGAGGAGGACCUGUGCGACCUCAAAGGCAACCACGACUUCACCCAAGGCAACGGCAGGCCCUCGUGGAACUUCGACGCCAUGGACUCGGGCUACACGGGGUCGGGCUACCUGCUCCUCACGGGCUACAACUCGGAGAGCCGCCUCGAGACCCCCAUGCUGACCGCGAGCGUCGGCGACGAGGCCCUCAACUUCGCCUACUUCCUCAACGGCGACGGCGAGGAGGACUCGUACCUCCGCCUCUACUCCAUCGUCGACGGCGUGGAGGGCCUCAUCUGGGAGGCGACGAGCAAGGAGAACCGCUGGGAGUACGUCAGCGUCGCCCUCAACGUCACGGCCGGCCACAUGUUCCAGGUCGUCUGGAAGGCUCGCGCCGACAGGAACAUCUGGACGACGCGGCACACCUGGCUCGGCUUGGACUCCAUCGAGGUCGUGAACGAGGGCGGCGCCACCAAGUGCUUCAGACCGCCGCCCGUGCAGUACGCUAACCCUUGGGCGUGCUCGAGCAAGGCCCAGAACGUGUUCAGACCUGACCUGAAGGAGGAGCUUCCCGACGGCACCACCUGCACCACCACCUGCCUGAGCGGCUUCCUGGCUCAGGGCGAACCUCUCCUCACCUGCAACAACGGAAAGUGGAUUGAAAACGACGGCGUGGUCUUCCUGUGUAUAGACAGCGAAGCCCCCCAGUUCCUCACGUGCCCCUCAGCGAUCGACGUCAGCACGCCUUUCGGCUGGGGCUCCAUGUGGUACACGAUCACGCCCCCGCAGGUUGCCGAUAACACCAACGCUUGGGAUCUCGAGCUGUUCGUUGAUGACGUGCAGCAGGCUGGCACCACUAUGACCGCUGCCAUCUCUCCCGGAACUUACAACGUUAAAUUCGUUGCUACGGAUUACAACUUCAAUGUGAACACUUGCAGCUACACCAUUACUGUUACUUCCGGAGACCUGAACCCACCCACGGUUAUUGAGUGUCCGAACUCCCAGACUGUCGAGAGCGCGUCACCCAUUGUGGUAGGCUGGACAGAACCCAUUUUCUCUGACGAUUCCGGAUACAUCGCGAAGGUGGAGAGCACAUAUGACCCCACCUCGGUCAUGGCGUGGGGCCGACACGACGUCAUCUACACAGCCUAUGACAACUCGUCCAACACAGCCACCUGCUCCUUCAGCGUGACGGUGAGGGGCGUCCCUUGCAACUCCCUCUCCCUGCCCAUCUUCGGCGCCCUCGUCUGCCACGACAGCUACUCCGGCCGUUUCUGCGUGUCGAUGUGUGGCGCGGAGGGCGACUUCCAGGUCUCGUCGCCUGAACUCACCGUGCCCAACGACUACCUGUGUUCCACUUCAGGCAGCUGGUUCCCCUACGAAUUCAUCUACAACUGCGUCAGCGCUUACGGCGAGUCCCCCAUCAAGGGCCCCGAAUACUACUUCUCCGGACCCUGCAACGAGACUGACACUCAAAACGCCAUGAAGAGUCAGGCACUGACAGUCUUCAACGUGGCUGACGUCGACCCCAUUCUGGGCGAUGGCCUGACGCCCGACGACUUCUACGUCACCUGCGGGCCGAGAUUUUAGGCAAAGUACAAGCAAAGUGCCUUGGCUUUCGGUGAAUGGAGUGCGGGAGCUAUCCAAAGAGUGCGCGGUCGAUGAUGUCUGUUUGUCUGCGUGUGGCAAGUCAGUAUGGAAGAAAAUAUGCCACCAUGUAUUUAAAUUGUUUGUAGGUUUGAGUAUUCAAUAAAUACACUGUUUGAAAGUAAAUGCA